AUGGCUGCUAGAGGAUUUGCAAUAUUAGGCAUGGCUGGCCAGCUCGCGAGGGCUAUUUUGUGUCAAAGGGAGCCCUGGGAGCGGAAAGUCCGUUCUCAUGAAAUUUGCUGUUCAGUCAAUGACCUACAUAAACACUGGACAGCUGGUUGUGUCCUUUUUUAUCAACGGCAGCGAGCCACAUAUGCAGAAAACACCCCUGGGGGUAGAUGGAAUUGGGUGGAAAAGGAGCUUCAAGAUUUCAUAUCACGAGUUCUGACUGUGGGGACUAAGCGUUGUCCUGUCCUUAUCUUUGUGGACGCGCUUGAUGAGUGUGGAACAGAUGCUGCUAGAAGCUUGUUGGCAUAUUUCAAGGAUCUGAUGAAGAAUGUCGAGCGUGAAGGAGAACAGCUUGAAGAGAAGAUUUUCGCAAAAGCCCAAGGCGGAUUUCAAUGGGCAGUACUUGUGUGCAACAAGGUCAUCAAAGAAAAAGCCCAUGGAACCAAGGAAACCGAAAGACAUCAGAUGCUGAAAUUGUUCCGUUGGGUUCUAUUUGCCGAAAGACCGCUGUCUGCUCAGGAGCUUAGGGAUGCUCUUUCUAUUGAUGAGGACACGGACUGUAAGGCUAGACUCAGAAACCAUGAAAGCUGGUCUGAUACUUUGGCUGAUUUUGAGCUGCAUGUGAAACAUCUUUCCAGAGUUGCUAACUUCUUACUAAAUGAUUUUCUCCACCGCAGGGACCAAAAAGUUUCUCACACUCCUGUUGGAGAUGGCCAUUAUCAACUAUCAAGGUCUCGUCUUAAAUACAUGACAUUGGAUGAGGUCCUGGAAGGUGCUGGGCUACCCCGUUACAGGCUAUGGCCUAUAUUUCCGUUGGUACCAUAUGCUAUUCAAUUCCUAUUCCACCAUAUCCGGAAGGUGGAACAGGAGAGGAUCCCCCAACAUGACCUUCUAUCUAUCCACACGCCCUUGGGGCGGCCAUUCAUUGGGGCGACAGCGCUCCAUGCGAUAGUUGCGUUUGGAUCAAAAAGCGCAUUUGAUGAUUUCUUGCGGAGAGAUGCUGUGCAACUUGAUGGCACAGACACCGAUGGGAAUACGCCGUUGAUCCUUGCAAUCAGAGAGGGUCAUCAGAGUGUAGCAUUAGCGCUUCUUGAGCGGACAAAUGAGGCCGAAAUUCAAAAUUUAGAAACUUCUGAGCAGGGCAGAGCUUGUCGUGAAGGGGAGGAGCACCAAAAAUAUCAGUUGAUAAAUGUUAACGCGGAAAACAAGGACGGCGAUACCCCGUUGACCAUUGCAGUGACAGAAAAUGCUGGGGAGGUGGUUCUCAAAUCAAUUGAAGCAGGGGCGAACCUGAAUUACCUUGGCCAGUCGGCAGCUCUUGUUUCCUGCGCCAUACGUAGCAGAGACGAAAUAUUGCUGAAGAAGCUUCUCGAGCUGAACUUCAAUCUCGAUGGAGCUGUCUACUGCGCAUUACUAGAGCUUGAGAACAGUGGUAGUGCUCUUAAAGUAUUCCUUUCAGAGCUUCUCAAAGCCGGGGCUAACGCCAGCAGAUCACCAGAAUUCUAUAGGAGAGUUGGAAGGGAGGGGGAAGACGAGUACGAAAGCGAUGGUGGUAUACAUGAUGAUCACGCAAUCUCGAUAGCAUCACGCAGAGGCCAAGCAGCCGUUGCGAAUAUUUUGCUCACUCAUGGCAUAUCGGCAACAACCCAAAACCAGUACGAGGAGACCCCACUACUCAUUGCCUUGACGGAAAACCAUGAAGAUACCGCACGGCUUCUGCUUGAAAUGGAGCCAUCUGCGGUAGAACUCGAAGAUGAGGAUGGCCGCACUGCUCUUUCAGUGGCACUUGAGAUGGAACAUCUCGAGAUGGCAAUAUGUUUCAUUAAGAAAGGGAAAUUUUCGGCGACAAGUGCAGGAUUACGGGAUGCACUUUAUAGGUCGAUCAACGGAGACAUGUUGGAGGUCGUAAAAGCCAUUCUAGAAAAGGAUAGGAGCACAUUAGAGGGCAAGUAUAGUGAUAAUAAAACACCACUACAUUUAGCAGCAUAA